AUUAUGCAAUGGAAUAACUGGACCCUCAACUCCGACUUCAUCCUGCUGGGGAUUUUUGAUCACAGUCCUGUUCACACCUUCCUCUUUUCUCUUGUCCUGAGUAUAUUCCUGGUGGCCCUGAUGGGGAACUCUGUCAUAGUUCUCCUCAUCUACCUGGAUGCUCAGCUCCACACCCCCAUGUACAUCCUCCUCAGCCAACUUUCCCUGAUGGACCUCAUGCUCAUCUGCACUACUGUACCCCAGAUGGCCUUCAACUUCCUCUCUGGCAAUAAAUCCAUCUCCAUGGCUGGCUGUGGAAGCCAGAUAUUCUUCUAUGUGACUCUACUUGGAGCAGAGUGUUUUCUGUUGGCUUUAAUGGCCUAUGACCGCUAUGUGGCCAUUUGUCACCCACUAAGGUAUCCAGUUCUCAUGAGUCCCAAAAUCUGUGGUCUCAUGGCUGCUUCUUCCUGGAUUCUCGGCUCACUCGAUGGCAUAAUCGAGGUUGCAGCUGCGUUGUCUUUCUCAUACUGUGGAUCCCGAGAAAUACCUCACUUUUUCUGUGACGUUCCUGCCCUGCUCACUCUCUCAUGUAGCGAUACAUCGAUGUUUGAAAAGAUGAUAUUUUUCUGCUGUGUAAUUAUGCUUCUCUUCCCUGUAGCAAUCAUCAUUGCUUCUUACACUCGUGUAAUUCUGGCUGUCGUUCAAAUGGGAUCUUCUGAGAGCCGCCACAAAGCUUUUGCCACUUGUUCCUCUCACCUCAUGGUGGUGGGAAUGUACUAUGGAGCAGCCAUGUUCAUAUACAUGCGGCCUUCUUCUGGUCGUUCCCCCAAACAGGACAAGAUUGUGUCAGCCUUCUAUACCAUCCUCACUCCCAUGCUGAACCCCCUCAUUUACAGCCUCCGAAAUAGAGAGGUAGCCAGAGCAUUCAUGAAAGUGUUGGGCAUAGACAAGGCUACAGAAUGA